UGCCCGGCUCACCCAUACCUGCUGUAUACAUCCAUCCGUACAUAAAUAUAUAACCUCUGCGUCUGUCUGCGCUAAAGGAAGUGAGUUUUACCGCUUUUGAAGUGAGCUGAGCAUAAUAGCUUGAAGUAACAAAGAAUAGUUCGAAGUAACAAAGAUUUCCCAUUCUGUCCCAAGCGCAGACAGAGAAAGCUGAUUUGCAUCGGGGACAAUUUUUCACUAACUUCGUCCUCGGUUUUGUAUUCAGCAGCAUAUACUGAACAGCGAAAUGGCCUCAAAGAAGAAAAUGAAGAAGAAUCAUACGAGCUCUAAGCUAGAGGUGCACAAAGCCAACUCCAAUCGUCGCUGGAAAUGUCUUCCACUUGAGGAACCAGAUGUCUCAAGGAUAUUGAAGGUAGCAGAAACAAAUCAACUUGAGGAGCUUGAUGAUUCCUUUGAUCACCCUUUGCACAGUACUGCUGUGGAUGCUGAUGGAGAGGAACAUUCACAGAACGAGGCACUUGGUCGUGUUUCAGCAUCACAGAGGCACAAUACAGACAGAUGGUCUGGUGGAAAACAAAUAAAAUUUAAAAAACCACGUCACUCAAAGCUCUCCAAUGGUGAUGUUCAGAAAUUCAACACGACUGGUGCUGGAGAGGAACCCCUUAAGGAGACUGUGAAGGCUGUAAAUACUACUGAAUUCCAGGCAAAAAAGAAGCAGCCUUCAGAGGAGAACACAUCAGAUCCUUCUGUGGAUAGCCCACAUUCCAUGCAGAUGUGGUGUCCCAAAGAGCUGAAGAGAUCUGCUAGAGAUAUUACAGAACUGGAUGUUGUUCUGGCCGAAGUUGAGAAGAUAGCAGCAAAUUACAGACAAAGCAUAGAAUCAAAAAUUUGCAGAAAGGCUAUCGAUGACUUCUCUUCUGAUUUCAAGGACCAAAUCACUGAUCUUAUAGCAGGAGUCCAGGAAUUAAAGAAUAUGAAGAAGAAAAAUGCUAAGGCAAUGACAAACAUCAGAAAGAAAAGGCAGCGACUGGUGCAAGUCAGAGAAGAGCUAAUUGGAGCUGAACCACAACUGACUCAACUACAGAGAGAAUAUGCUGAGAUGCAGGAAAGGAAAUCUUCCUUGAGGCAAACAAUUGAAUUAAUUACCGAUUUAAAGGAGCUACAGCAAGAAUGUUUGUAUUAUAGAGAAGAAAACCCAAAAGAAAAAGUGGUAUAUGGAACUUCCAGCCUCCCUGCUCUUCUGGUGGAGUCUUGGAGAAUUCUAGGAGCGGAAAAGCACUUUGAGAGUAUCAAUAUGAAGCUGGAAGAGGCUCUGGCUGUACAAAAAGAACAGAGAGCAAAGCAAAAUUAAGUGUCCUUUUAAGAUUUUCAGACAGUAAGUAGAAACACUUAUUAGAAUUGUCAGUGCUUAAAGCUUGUUUAAUCAUUGUUACUCUAUUUUGUUUCAGUGUUUAAAAGAAGUCAGCAACUUAGAGACUGUAUCUUUUUAUUGUCAAAUAGUCUCAGAAUGUCAAUGAAAGGAAAUAGCAGUUGCAGUUAAUAAAACUUCUGUACUCUGAACAAGGUUGGGUGUUAAUCUUGUGCUGUUAAAUAAUCUUGAGAGGAAUAUAUUUGUAAAGAGAACACAGAGUCUGGUUGAACAAAGAUGAAUAAACAAAUCUCUUUAUUAAA